CCUGCCUGGUGUGGGCGCGCAGGCGCGGUGUGCGCGUGGCCGCCUGGUGGGGAAGAUGGCGCCGCGCGGGGAGGAUGGAGCGCGAGCGGACACGGCGGGAUUCACAGUGAUUCCCGCGCUGCUCUCGGGGAGCGGCGGCGCCGCGCGGCAGCUGCUGGUGAAACCGCACCGGGCCCGAGAAGCGGCCGCCCGCCGGCCACAGGAGCGAACCCUGUUCGUGCUCAACCUGCCGCCCUACUGCACACAGGAGAGUGUGCACAGGCUUUUUUCACAGUGUGGCACUGUCAUCUCCGUGGAACUGCAGGAUAAGCCAGGCCCAGGACCCAAAUCCGAGGCAAAGAAAUCAAAGUUCUUCUCCAGGAAACCUGCGGAGGGUUACCGCGUGGGCUACGUCGUCUUCAAGAGCCCGGCCGACAUGAAAUCUGCCCUGAAACCCCAAACCCCCUGGAUCCUGUCUCCCAGCGAGCACCCGGUCACCACUGGCCUUCAGAAGUGGAUCCAGGACUAUCGCUGCAACAUCACAGACACCGAGGCUCUGCAGAAAGAAGUGGACGACUUCAUGAAGAAACACGACCAGCGUGUGGCAGCGAUGGAGGCUCGGGCCGGAGCGGAGGACGGGGUCCCGGACGAGGAGGGCUGGGUGAAGGUGACGAGGAAGGGGCGGCGCCCGGGGGUCCCGCGCACCGAGGCACGCAAUCUGCAGGCCGUGCAGCGCGAGAAACGCAAGCGGCAACAGCGGGAGCUGCUCAACUUCUACAGCUGGCAGCAGCAGGACGCCAAGCGAGAACAUAUCGCUCAGCUUCGGAAGAAGUUUGAAGAGGACAAACAGAAGAUUGCUCUGAUGAGGGCGGAGCGGAAAUUCAAGCCUUACUGAGGCCCAGCGGGGAGGGGUGGGGGCAGUGGGUGUCGGGGUGGGUUUGGGGAGGGGUGAGGCUGGGGUGGCAACUGCUCAGUGGUUGCAGAUUCAGUUUAUUUUCACACUAUUUAUUGGAUUUAGAAUAUUUCAUUUUCAUUCUUGGAAAUGUGUUCCAUACUCUCGAGAAAUUUGUAAAUAAACAGAUAACCUCUUGAA